UGAAAAUGUAUGCUGGCUAGUUUUGUUGUCAACCUGACACAACUAAAGUUAUCUGAGGAGAAAGAAGUCAGUUGAGGAAACGCCUCCAUCAGAUUGGCUGUAGACAAGUCUGUGAGACCCAUAUGUCAAACUUCUACUUGAUGCUAUGAAACACUCAGGUUGUGCUAUUGAUCAAGGGAAACACUUUUCUUACGAAGACUGUGAUGGAAAUGUCAGUGGAAGGUUUGAUGCUUCAAUGUCUCAGAUUGUUUUAUGCCAGAAUAAUAUCCAAAAUGAGGCCCACAUGAGCAGAGUCGUCACCUAUGAGCUCAUUCAUGCGUUCGAUCAUUGUCGGGCUCACGUCCACUGGUUUACCAAUGUCAGACAUUUAGCCUACUUGGAGAUUAGAGCUGCAAGCCUCAGUGGAGACUGUUGGCUUGUGAAUGAAAUCUUCAGGUUGCAUUUUGGAUUAAAACAACACCAUGAGACGUGUGUGGACAGAGCUGUUCUUGCCAUCUUGGCUGUUCGGAACAUCAGCAGAGAAGAGGCCCAGAAGGCUGUGGAUAACGUUUUUGAGUCUUGUUUCAAUGACUGUGAGCCUUAUGGCAGCAUCCCACAUACUAAGACAUAUGCCAGAUAUGCUCACAGGGACUUUCAGAACCAUGAUCAAUAUUACUGGAACAUAUGAAGGUGGUGGCCAUCAGUAUCCCUGAAUAUCAGGACCAUGAGGGAAAUGAGGUUCUUAGACACAGAGUGUAUACAAUGUAAAUGAUCAUUUAAGCACUGCAGAUAAAGUGCAGAAGGUGAGAUGUGGUUCUUAGACACAGAGUGUGUACAAUGUAAAUGAUCAGUUAAGUACUGGAUACAGUGCAGAAGGCCAGGUGUUCUUAGACAUAGUUAUAUACAAUGUAAAUGAUCAGUUAAGUACUGGAUACAGUGCAGAGGCAAGGUGUUCUUAGACACAGAGUGUAUACAAUGUAAGUGAUCAGUUAAAUACUGGAUACAGUGCAGAAGGCGAGGUGUUCUUAGACACAGAUAUAUACAAUGUAAAUGAUCAGUUAUGCACUGGAGAUACAGUGCAGAAGGUGCUGGUUUUAGCAUUUGACUACAAAAAAAUGGAUAUGGCCAAAAAGGAACUCCUUAAACUGCAAGGCAAAACUGGAUAUUUAUAGCUAAUCAUUUAGUAAAUAUGGUAAAUAAAUGACAUUUUUGUAUUCUCUACAGUAGAAAUUAAUGAGUGAAUGAAUUAAUUAACUAAUAUAUGCAGGCUAUAACUCAGUGAGAGGACAUUUGCCUCAUACGAACAAAGCCUGGGUUCCAGCCUCAACAAUGAGGAAAAAAACCUGAAUAAAUAAAUAAAUAAAGCCAAUGCAACUGAUAUGAUCAACUUAUCAGCAAGGUUUAUAUGACUCCCAAUUUCACAAGUUUCAGUCUGUGAUUGGUUAGCCCUGUUGCUUUGACUUUGUGGCAACCCAUUAUGAUAGAGCAAAACUGGUCACUUAAUAGCCAAGAAGGAAAAGAGAAGAGGAGAGGUAUCUUCCCUAUGACUUUAGGAAUCCCCACUUGGCCCACCUCUUACAGUUCCACCACCUAUCACUAGUGCCAAGAUGGAGGUUAAGUGUGCUGGUUAGUUUGUGUCAUUUGGACACAAACUAGAGUCACCCGGGAAGUCACUUCAAAUGAGGAAAUGUUCCCAUCAGAUUUGUCUGUUGGCAUGUUUGUUGGCUAGUUUUCCAUUGUCAGGCAUGAAUUCCCUCCUGUUGACUAAGCCAAUUAGACAGUUGUUGGUUACUGCCAAGAUAUUAGUGCUACUAUUGCACGAUUACAGAUAUUUUGCCAUGCCUGUGAAGAGCUGAGAAAGUCAUGAGUGAGUGAAGUGCUGAGUAAAUGUGUGAUGUCAAUGUGGGCAUGGCCAUGUUAAGGACUCCAUAGCCUUAGGUCCAGAAAGAUUGCAAAGCCUUCCUCAGGGACUGAGUGCUACUGUUAACAAUGUGUGCAGAAAAUGUUCAUGCUAGCCUUCUCUCCCUGGAUACUUAUGGCCUGAAAACCGCUCACCUAUAGAGACUGUUUCUACCAAGAUUAGCUAAGCCUGUCCCCUUGAUCCAGCUGUAUACCAUAAACCCUGAUUCCUUGUUUAUCUGUACGUAAUAACCCCACCUCCUUGUUCAGCUGUAU